AUGGAAUGCAAAAUUUGUUUCCAAAAAUUUUCUCCAAAUCUUCCAGAACUGACUCCCCGGAUUUUGACAAGCUGUGGACACACAAUUUGUGAGAAGUGUGCUGAAAAUCUUCUGAAGAAUUACAAAAAACUCAAAUGCCCAUUUGACAGAAUUGUUACAUAUGUUUCAGAGGAUUCUGAUGAUUCGAACAUGGACUGCCAAAUCUGCCUUCAAAAAUACAAUGGAAAUUCAAAAAAUCGAAUUCCUCGAAUUUUGAAAAAAUGCGGUCAUACAAUGUGCCAUCAGUGUUUGAAGAAGCAAGAGGAAGACGAUCAGAUUGUGUGCCCGUUUGACAGAAAAGUAACCAGAUUGAGAGCUGAGCAAUGA